ACCCAGAGAUAAAGCAAGGAGGGAGGGAGAGAGAGAGGGGGAGAGAGAGAGAGACGCAGCCGUCAGAGGAGACUGUAGGAGCAGGACAGCAGGCAGGCUGUGCGUCAGCCGGAGCUCCAUAGGGAAACAUGGAGAUGAGCUGGAGAGGACGCGGGAGCGCAGAGUAACGGCAUCACAUAGAUGGAUGUUGUCUCAUCGAACAGGCAACAAACGGGCCACCUGAAGGCAACCCACGCAGAGGAUAAACCACUUAUGGACGCAGUGGAUUAAAGAGCCGCAGACAGACUGAGAGGCAGAGGGAGGGAGAGGGGGGGACAUAAGAGGAGAAAUUCAUCAGUUUACUUGUUUAUUUUCACUGUGGGAGGGUGCGCACUUUUUCCUCUGAGCCUAUGUGUGUGUGAGUGCAGAAGGUCUGCAGGAGGCAGGACACUGCUGCUGUUCUCCAGCACCACACGGAAGAAGCUGAAUAUCUUUGUGUUUUGCCCAUUUUUCACCCUCUCCCUCCCUCGCUCCCUCUCUCUCUGCAUGCAUCUGUGCAGCAACGCUCAAUAUGCAUGUGUGAGGGCUGAGAAUGAAAAGAUGAUGAGUCUGAAGUGAGUCACAGAGCCUGACUCUAAAUUUCUCAGUUUUUUUUGGGGGGUUGGAUUGCCAGAAAACGCCUCGAAGACGUUUUUCCUUUUCUUUUCCCCCCCUCCUCUCCCAAAUGUGCAAGCUUUUCUUUUGCGGCCCUGACCAGGUUUAUGCCUGAGGUUUGCCACUGGGGAAACUUCUCGGCUCAACCCCCCCCGGAGAGGCGGAGGCAUCAUCAGGUAGGAGGCGGCGGAACAGGUGGGCCUGAGCGGGCAGCAGCGGAGAGUAGGAGGAAGAGUUUGUGUCGUAGGCUGUGUAGGCCGGCGGAGCUGCCUGAUGGCUGGAAGUCAAGCUGACAGAGGAUAAUGGCAGCUCUGGGGCAACUCUCCUCCUCUCCCACCUGCAUCAGCUGCAAACAGGCUGGCAGGUGCUAGCCAAAGGUGCUCGGAGCCCACCAGGAGGAUGGAGUGACCAGCAUCCGCCUACCCGCCGCCCCUUGCUGGAAGACCCCUACACAGCGGAGAGGGGCCACGCUUCGCCGUUCACCUUCUUGCUCUGAGCUCGUCGAAAACAGAGGUGGCGUCUCUUCAUCCGCGUGGGAGACGUCUCCCCCCCGCUCCAGCCUCCGAACCCCCAACCUCCCCGGCCUACAAGCUCGGCUCGGCGGCUGGCGUCUAGCACCAACCUGUCCUUCCUUUUCCUGCCUCUCCUCUUUUCUUUUUCUUUUCUCUUUCUUUUUGUCGAGGCUUUAGGGAAACUGCCAGGAGCUGUUUCAUGCAUGUCCACUGGCGGCAGGUUCAACUUUGACGAUGGGGGGUCAUACUGCGGAGGGUGGGAGGAGGGCAAGGCGCAUGGCUACGGGAUCUGCACGGGACCCAAGGGCCAGGGCGAGUACUGUGGCUCCUGGGCCCACGGCUUUGAGCUGUUGGGCGUCUACACCUGGCCGAGCGGGAACACCUACCAGGGCACCUGGGCUCAGGGGAAGAGACAUGGUCUGGGCGUGGAGAACAAAGGUCGCUGGGUGUACAAGGGCGAGUGGACGCACGGCUUUAAAGGCCGCUACGGCGUGCGGGAGAGCACGGGGACGAGCGGGAAGUACGAGGGGACGUGGAACAACGGGCUGCAGGAUGGCUACGGAACCGAGACGUAUUCGGACGGAGGAACCUUUCAGGGCCAGUGGGUCGGCGGGAUGCGCCAUGGCUACGGAGUCCGGCAGAGUGUUCCCUACGGCAUGGCGGCCGUCAUCCGAUCACCGCUACGCACCUCCAUAAACUCUCUCCGCUCUGGUUCAGAGCACAGCAAUGGAACCGCUCUGCUGGACCGAACGGGGGCGCUGGUUCCCGGUCCGCCCACGGUUCCGGGAACUCUGACCACCAGCGUCUCCAUGUGCAGCACGGGCAGCAGCGGCAGCAGCCCCGCCGUGUCCCGCGGAGGCUUCGUCCUCAUGGCGCACAGCGAGGCUGAGCUGCUGAAGGGGAAGAGGAAAGGAGGCCUGUUUCGGAGGUCCAUCCUGUCUGGUCUCAAGCUGAGGAAGUCCGAGUCCAGGAGUUCGCUGGCGUCACAGCGGUCCAAACAGAGCUCCUUCAGGAGCGAGGCUGGGAUGAGCACCGUCUCCUCGGCUGCAUCUGACAUCAACUCUACCAUCAGCCUCGGAGAUGCAGACGCAGAGCUGGCCGUCGCGGACGACGAUGUGGACGCCACGGCCACAGAGACCUACUGCGGGGAGUGGAAGAACGACAAGCGGACCGGGUUCGGUGUGAGCCGGCGGUCCGACGGGCUGCAGUACGAGGGGGAGUGGCUGAGCAACAAGCGGCACGGCUACGGCUGCACAACGUUCCCUGAUGGCACCAAGGAGGAAGGGAAGUACAAGCAGAACAUCCUGGUGAGCGGCAAACGGAAGAACCUGAUCCCCCUGCGAGCCAGCAAGAUCCGGGAGAAGGUGGACCGGGCCGUGGAGGGCGCCCAGAAGGCGGCGGACAUCGCCCGGCAGAAGUCCGAGAUCGCUCUGUCCAGGACGGCUCACGCACAGGGUAAAUCAGAGGCGGCGGUGGGAGCCGCUCAGAAAGCUCACGAGGAGAGCCGGAUGGCAAGGGUCACCGCCAAGCAGUUCUCUCCGUCCUUCCAGCAUCCUGGAAAUGGGAUGGAGGUUCAGCGUCCCAAGCGUCAGGUUUCCAGUGAAGUGGAGGGUGAGGGUCUGUCGAGUAGUGCCGGCACUGCGGAGAGCCCAGAUCUUUACACGAAAAGUGUCGGAUCUGAUGACCCCUCCAAUGACGCCGCAACACCGGACCUCAGCCCGCCCUCUUCCUCACCUCCGCACACGCCGCCCCAACCCGCCCGGCCGUCGCAGCGCAGCAAGAGCGCCCGUUUCCACCGGCAGGGCGCCGUGGACCACGGGGACAGGGGAAAGGAGGGCGGGGACAGGAGCGAGAAAGGUGGGGAAAGGGUGCACACGGAGAUUCAGGUGCUGAUGGAAGGAGGCAGCGGGGGAGGCGAGGGAGGCGUAAAAGGGGAGUAUCCACGGGCCAACAGCUGGAGCGAGGACAGGCGGAGGGCGAUGCUGCCCAAAGGAGGAGGCGGCACCGGUGGCCGAGCUGGGAAUCGGACCAACGGACACAAACACAGCUCCUCCAAUCACAAAUCACGGGAGCACGGCUCGACCAAUCACAGACAGGCCAGAGGCGACAGGUGGACGGAGUCGUCCUCGUCCGCCCCCUGGACGUCUGGGCACAGGGGCACGCACGGCCGGGGAGGCCGGCUGCUGGAGCAGGACGAGGAGAAGAUCAGCAACUACGAGAUAGAGAUGAAGCCUUUACAGCCCAGGGACUCCACUACCCACAAGCCCCAUGGGCACGGCGAGGAGAGGCACGGGCACACCCACGGAGAGGGGCGCUCGCACGGCACGCCGCGACAGAGGCAUAAGAACCGGGAUGGGAGGGAGGGGGGCAAGGACUCGACACACAAGGGGGACAGACAGGGGGACAAAAUGGAGUCCCGCCCGCUGCGGCGAGACCUCACCCUGUCCCCCCCACUCAAGUCCUCCCCCAUCAUACCAGAGCGGCAGGACUUCAGCCUCACACAGAACAAAGGAAACUCGGCCUACAGCUCCAUCCUGGUUGCCAUGGUGAUUCUGCUCAACAUCGGAGUGGCUAUUUUGUUUAUCCACUUUUUUAUUUAAAGACGGCAAAUCUUUCGGAGUCAACCUACCUAUGCUAGAAACACUACCCAGUCAUAAGAGUAUUACAGCAGACCCGCUGGCCCUCCGCGUCCCGGCUGACAGCAGACCCGGACCAAGGAGGGCUCCAGCGUCAGCCGGGCCCAGCCGGGUCCAGCCGGGCUGGAGGAAGAGCUGAGCCCAAAGAACGGGACCGGCGGGUUGGUCCAGGGUCCUCCCUGAGUGGAGGCGGUCCAGGAAGCUGGACCCGUGUGAGCUCAAACAGAGCCGAGGGGGCUGAGCCGGUUCCGACCCUCCAGGCCAGCCGACGAUCAGACAGGACUGACGGACUUUUUCAUUGUCAAAUCAUAGUUUUCAACAGAUUUGUAACUUCAAAAUUUAUUUAUGGACUUUUUUUUUUUCUUCUCAUGUGCAAUACGUUGAUGGUUGUAUCGUUUAUUUUGCACCCCCCCUCUCCCCCAUCCACUCUAUAAACCUCCUGCCUUGAACGUC